AAAUAACCGCUCACGUCUUCUCUUCCUUUCACACUCAUCUUCUAGUAGAGUAGUAAUUUUUUAACACUUUUUCCCAGUCUUAAUUCUCAAUAAAAUUAAAAAAAAAAAAACAAAAGCAGAGAGAAAGAAGAAGUGUUAGAACUACUACUCUCUCUUGUUACAGCAGAGGAGGAAAGAGUUAUAAAUAUAAAUCCCACAUUGGCUGUAGCAUCCAUAAAUGCCAGUGGGCAAACAUUGCGUGAUCUUUCGCUGUUUCACGGAUUUUGCUCCCUCUUCCCUUAUUAUGCCUUCCAAUUCCUUCCCUUCUCCCAAUUAAACUUACCUCUCUCUCACUCUCCCUACUCUACUCUACUCUCUACUCCCUUUAGCUUCUCCUUUUUCCCGGAACCAAAAAAAAAACUCAUCCUUUUUUUUAGUUUUUAGUUUUUUCCCCCGAAUCAACGACCAUUUUUGCUUCCAUCUUGAAGUCAGUCAACUAAUAGGCAGACAAAACGCAAUUAACUGAUUAAGAGAAAGGGAGAUGGAGGACUUGGAGCUGAGUAAAGUGACUCUCGAGAUCUUCUCCAAGCUUGAGCAGAAAUGGCUGCAUCACUGUGACGGCAAAAAGACCCGCAUUCUCAGCAUUGACGGCGGUGGUGGGCCCGUCGCCGGCUGCUCUUUGAUCCUUCUCGAGGAUCAGAUCCGUGCCAAAACCGGCGACUCACAAUCCCGCAUUUCCGAUUACUUCGACAUCAUCGCCGGCACCGGCAUUGGGGCUCUCUACGCCGCAAUGCUCGCCGCCGACGACGGUUACGGCCGCCCUCUGUACUCCGCCCGGGAAGCCGUUAAGUUUGUCGAGGAGAAACGGUCGGAGCUUUUCAAGGUGAAGACCGUCGGCGUUUUCCGUCGUCGGAGAAGGUGCUCCGGGACCAGUGCGGAUAAGGUGUUGAAGGAGGCGUUCCGGCGGGAAGACGGGAAGGUGGUUACCCUCAGGGACACGUGUAAGCCGCUCCUGGUUCCUUGCUACGACCUCAACAGCUCGGCUCCGUUCGUCUUCUCCCGCGCCGGUGCUUCCGAGUCGGCUAGCUUCGACUUCGAGCUCUGGAAGGUCUGCCGCGCCACGUCAGCGAACCCGUCAUUGUUCAAGCCUUUCAACCUGACCUCCGUCGACGGGAAGACCUCUUGCUUGGCGAUCGACGGCGGCCUCGUCAUGAACAACCCCGCCGCCGCCGCCGUCACUCACGUCCUCCAUAACAAGCGGGAUUUCCCCACCGUCACCGGUGUGGAAGACCUCCUCCUUUUAUCACUGGGGAAUAACGGCCUGCCGUCAAGUAUUCCGUCAGCGAAUUUAAAGCUUAGCCCAAACCGGGAAUGCUCGGUGUCGUCCAUCGUGGACAUUGCACUUGACGGCGUCUCCGAAACCGUUGAUCAAAUGCUGGGUAACGCAUUUUGCUGGAACCGCAAUGAUUACGUCAGGAUCCAGGGGAACGGUUACAUGAGUAGUGGCGGGGGAGUAACGGAAGUGAUGGAAGGCAGAGGGGUGGAAUCGUUGCCGUUUGGCGGGAAACGGUUACUGACGGAGACUAACGGCCAGAGGAUCGCGGGCUUCGUGCAACGCCUUGUUGCAACGGGGAGGAGUAGCCUGCCGCCAAGUCCCUGCAAGGAAACCGCCGUUAGUCCACUUGUUAACGGCCGUUAGAUCCUUUUUUUUUAUGUAAAAAUUAAUAUUUUAAUUUGGGAGUUUUGUUUUAACUACUAGGAGUAUCUUUAAUGUUGUUGUUUACGUGGUUAGUCUUUUUCCUCCCCUUCUUUUUUAAUAAUCCUUUUGUCCAUUUUCCCUCAACAAUUAGUAGUGGUGGUAGUGGUAUUAUAUUAAUUAACCUUAGUUUUUGUUGUCUUUAAUGAAGCUUUGUCAUCUUGUCAACUGGCUCUCUGUUAUGGAGAUUAACGCCUUUAGGUAGCUACUACUGCUACUAGCUACCAGUAAAUGCAAUUAAUAAGAUGAUGACUAAUGGUUGUUUUAGUAUGAAUUAAAUUAAUUACAGCUUUUUUAUUCUCAC